CUCUCGAACAAUAGUUGCCAUCUUGUUCUUUUCCUGCACUGCAUGAAGUUUCACGAGUUAUCAUGUGGCUAACAACAGUGCUAUGUAGGCGGUGGACACCUGGAAGGUUAUUUGCAGGGUAAGAAAGCCUAGAGCCAUAAGAUCGUGAAGUUUAUGCACAGUUCUGACAAGUCGUAAUACCCCCAUCUUCCUGUAGCUAUGUUAGCUGAUUUUGUGAAGCCUGUCGAAGUUAGCAACAUAGUGAUGUUAUUUUAAGCUUAUCUGACAUGAAAACAUAAGAAAACCGUGAUUUCUUGUGCGUAUCAUUAUGUACGAACGUCAUUUUGGCUUUCAUGGAAGAGGAAAAAAAAUAGUGCUUUAAAUGUGAAUCAGGCCCGCCCAGGGGGGUAUUGAGAUACCAAUAUAGCCGAUUUUUUCCUCAUCAGAUACCAGUAUACCUUAACAAAAAUCUUUGAUACUGAUAACCUGCAAAUGCAGACCGCUUUAUGACAAACGCAGACUGCUGACUGACAGGUAAACGAAGUAAACAUUGUUGUAGAAUGCUCUAAAAGAUUCCCUAUCCCUAAACUAGACUUUUAAAUGUCUUAAACUUUAGGGAUAGGGACUCUGUUAAAGCAUUCCACAACAAGGUUUUCCUCAUUUACCUGCCCGUUUGCAAGUUUGCAGUCUGUGUUUGUCGCACUUCGACACAAAUGCAUUUUGGGAUGUUUCUUCUCUCCACCAGAAAAGUAACAUCUGAGAACCAGAGCCGCCAAAUGAUUUCUGUGACUUAGGACAGGGGCGGAUCUAGGGGGAGGGUGCAGGGGGUGUGCACCCCCCCUUUGACAUGACCUGCAGUUUUCUAAUACAACUGGUAUUCUGCAAAAAAAAAACUAUGUGGUUUAUUGGUGUUAAAGUACAGCAAGAGACGAGUGCACCCCCUCCUAAAAAAAAUCCUGGAUCCGCCCCUGUAGGACAUUAUCAGCAAUCACAGUGUAGCUCUUUAACACCAAGAACUAAGUUGUGAGAGUUCUUGCAUGAUUCAUUCAUGGUGGAUAUGUUUACAAUUCAAACAACUGGAUGGAGAGUGUACAAAAGUUAAUUUACCAGGAUUGUGGAACCGAUUGAUGAAAUAAGCACCAAGCUGAUUCAUAUUGAAGAAGAGAUUAGAGGGAUAUUUUUGUUUGCCUAUGUAUUCAAUGAUGUAUCACACCUUACUGUUUUGAUCAUGUUCAAAACGAUAAAUGAACAUCUCCGGGAAUCUUGCUUAUAGUCUGGAAAAUCCUGAUCCAAAGGUUAUUUGAAAAAUCUUGUCAAAAACCUUGACACGCAUGCUCAUGAGGUUGUAAGGAGUCACUGGAGGUUUACUUUUAUCCUAUAUUCUGAUUGGUCAACAACAAAGCAAAAGGUUUACGUCUCAGAAAUCAUUUAGCUGCUCUGGUACACAGACGUUACUUUUCAGGUGGAGAGAAGUGAUGACCGGAAAUAUGUCUGUGUUUGCAGGCUAUGAUACUGAAUACCAGCACCUAAAAUUGCCUUAAACAUAAUACCAUAUACCUAAAAACGAUUCGUCAGGUUACUGAGAGAUAACAAACCCAGAAACAGUGUAUAACUUUUGUUGUGCUGCUGUUGAUCAUGAGCUUUUUCUAUUCCCUCCUUUUCCAGCCCCUGGCAAACUUCUGGUAAAGAUGUUUGAUCUUUGUGUCAAGUAAAUUCAUAUAUGAAAAAAUGUACGAAAACUUGUGUCUAAGUACCAAAUACCAAAAGUUUAGGAAAACAAGGUACUGACCUAUACCUGUAUUGUGACACCAAAAUACCGUAUACCUGAAUAAAAAAGAUGCAAAUACUCAAAUACCCAAAACCGCUGGCCAGGCAUGGUGACUGAAGGUUAAUAACUUAAAGGAAUCAGUUUACUGCCAGCCAUUACUAGCCAUUACUACAAAUUAUGUAUAUGUAUGUAGUCAACUCUCUUAUAGUGACCACUUCUGGUAAGCAAUGGUCCCGUGUAAGUGACCUCUUUGAAAUGACUGUUUUGUUUCUCAGUCAAAUACUGUUUCAAAAACUCUGGUAAUUUGUUAAUGACUGCUACCACUUUUUUCAAACAGAAAUUUGACAUAUUCUUUUGUUUUCUGUUUACCGUAAGCGACUACCUGGCAUGAUCAUGUAUGAUCUCCACAUUCUCGCAUAUGUGUAUUUGUUGUUAGGCUAGUUAAGAACAUUUCAUUUUUUCUUUGUUGACUCGUGGGAGACAAAGUGAAAGUGUUUCUUUAGUUCUCUUGUUACUUUUAGUUGUACUUAGUUGUAUUUAUUUCCUAUAAACAUGACCCACCUAGAUUAACUUAGCUACCCAUGAGCUUUUACGUCAAAACACAAUAAAAAAUCUAUGUAUGUAUGUAUGAUUAUGAUAGUAAAAAAAAAACAUCCCUUGAAUGGAACAAAAGUUCCUGUUUUGAUAGUACACACUUUAUUAUUAUUACUAUUAACAAUUUGCAUUUACAUAAAGUCCAUUUCUGCCCGCAAAUAGUACUGACCAAGGUUGCUGACAGAUUGUAGCAAAUGGCUGUUACACAAUCUGUGAGUAAAACAGUGGAUUGUGACAUUAGUGCAAAAUUUUAUGUACAGAGUUUCAACAUUCCCAAGUGCUAUUUGAUGUAUAAGAUUAUUUGCCUAACUUUUAGCUUGUAAGGUAAUAACUUAAUGUAAUUAUGUUAACCAGUUCAGUUUGACCUUACAUGUAUUUUCUUGAUUUUUCCCGUGGACAACCACCUCCCAUAAGCGACCACUUUGUCGUGCACCAAGGGUAGUCGCUUACAAGAGAGUUGACUGUAUAUUCAAACACUUCAUAUUGCAAACAUAGGAUGCAUUAAUUCUUUUCUUCUAUUUAAGUAUAAACCAUAAGUGAUCUUGGUGGUUUAAGCAAUCUGACUGGUUCACUAUCUUGGGAUAAUUGUGACUAAUAUUCCCUCCCUUGUGAGUGGAGAAUGUGUGAUCUUGACAACAGAAACAAAAUGGCUGGCAUGAACUUGGUGUUUUUUGCCAACGUUUUAGAGUGAGAACUUUUGAAAAUUUAAGAUGAUUACCCAGCAUUGAAAUCAAUUUCAAAAGGUGUCAGUGACAAGAAAGAGUACUAACUGUGGUAUAAUUCAUAAUUUUGUGUAUUUUAAUAACAGGAGAAACAGGCUUGUUAGGCAAAUUAAUCCUGCUACUAUGAGGAGAAAGAGAGCUCGACUGGAGAGAAGACUUUCAUACAUAGACAAUCUAACAGCAGUUCCUUUUCUAACACAGGUAAGAGACACUGUAUACCCAGGGGGAGGUACUUUAGGACUUUUUGGGUGGGGAUGUGCUGCUGGGACCCUGGAACCCUGGAACCCUUAUCCUAUACCAGAGCUAGUUCAAGUGAAUUUUGCUACCCUGUACUAGACUAAACUCCCCAAAUCCCUCCCCCCACCCCCCGCCCCCCCCAUAUCCUAGAGUUGCUGUUUUCCAGAAAUUAAUGAGGUCAUUAGCACAGUCCAGGCAAAACAAAACCGAUUUGAUUUUUUUGUAUUCUUGAGUGGCAAUUCCCGGUUUCCCUAAGGUAGACUAAAAUCUUCAGCCAGUUGAUCAGUUUAAAUGGAAAAUGAUAUCUACAUGUAGACCCAAACUCUCUGAUUCAUAUACCCUAUCCUACAGUAAACUGCUUGAAAACCAUACCCUUCACAGCGGUACAUACCUAUAUAGCCCAUAUAUGGCAGUACCCCCUGUACCCCUCUUCCCCCAUCAGUACAUAGUCUACAGUAACAUGAAUUUGCUGCUCUCCACAAAUUGGUGUGCAAUUUGAGGGAAGAUGAAAACAACGUUCAUCAACUCUGUGGUCUGAGAAAAAUUAAAGGGAGCCCAGUGCUCUGAACCUGUUAAAACCAGGGUGGCCAGCAUAGGAUUUCUAAAAAAACCUAAGUUUUCCUUGUUGCCCUAGAGCAAAAGGAAGUUGUCAGGGACUACUGGGCACAGCUAGAACACAGUCCUGAACGUCCAGAUUGUCAAGUGUGUCUGAUACAUGUAAUCCUAUAAAAUCCUCGUUAUUUUUUCGGUAUUGUCCCAUAAAAUCUUGUACAUGUAAUUCUGCAAAGCGGCCUAUGAAAACCCAGAUCUCUUGUCGUGUUGCAAAAUGUUUCAUGAGUGAGCGUUUUCAACACAUAUUCUUCUCUCCCCUGGCCAUGUAAUAUCGUCUAUUACUUAAAACAGCCAACAACCAUUCGCCUAACUUGGCAGAAUUGUUCAGCCUGACUUUUUUUUCAAAGUUUACCUUUGUUGUUUAUAAAUUUUAACUUUAACGCCGGAAGAAAUAUUUUGUUUUUCUGAAGCUCUAAUGUUGUCAUUUAGACGAUAAUUUUCUUGCUAACGGUGGGUUCUGUAGCGAGUAAUCGGUAAAAGGUCGUAAAAGUAAACAAAAUGGACUAAACGUUUAAUACGCAUCCCUUUCAUUUUUAAAUUUCCCCGUGAACUGUGGAUCAUGCUAGAAGCUAUAUCAGUCUUUCAAAGGAGCGUUAAGGUCGAAGACGGUUAGGAAAUAGAAAAAAAGAGCAAAACAAACAACCGACGACAGUAUCAAUUCUAACGCGCAUCGUUUUCUUGACCUACAUCAAGGCAUGUUUGGAAAUCUAGAGAAACACUCCCUCUGAUGUUCGAUGUAUUGUUCAGUUAAUAACUUCGUUUGAUAUAUUGUGAUAACGAUGGCUUUUCCACUUUUCACAGCCUCAAGAAGCGGGCCAUUCCCAGGAAAGGAAAAUAAAAGAGUGGAAAAUGUUCAAAGAAGCUGUAAAAACCCACAAGGACAAGAAGAUGGGUGCCAUUCGUGCGUUUGAAACUCAGGAAAGAAAACCGAAAGGAAUUUUGCAACAUUUGGAUGUCGCAAGAACGCAACAUGAAUAAACUUGCUUGCAUUUCAAGCAUACGGUGUUUUCAUCCCUUUGAAGAAGUCUGUCCGUGCUGGCUGUAAUAUGCUAGAAGCUAGUCUGAGAAAGUGGCGACGCUACCACUGGUUUCGCCGCGAAAUUACGUCUGAGAAAUGAGCGCAGAAAUUCCAUACUGAUGACGUUAACUACCAAGAUCUGGGUAGUACUUUUGAUUGGUUAAAACAAAUUUCCCACGCGGCACGACCAAUCAGAAGCACUACCCAGAUCUGAGUAGUAAAGGUCAUCAGAAUGGAAUUUCUGCGCUUGUUUCUCAGACGUCAUUUUGCGGGGAAACCAGUAGUGACGUCGUGAAAUGUCGGCUGUUUUCUCAUGCUCGCUAGGAGUGCGCCGACGUUAUUUUCGGUUGGAGAAAGCUGUCAGUGAUGAUUGUAGUCUGUUUUACACGAUAUACGUAUCGGGUAGACUAUUUUUUCAGGAAGAGAACAGAAAUAUUGUUUUUAACUUUGAGUGCGUUAGAAAUUUACUUAAAUUCCUUCUCGUGCCCCCUCAAGUAAAAAUUGCUUGGUAAUCUAAAUUUGUUGUCAGUGUCCUUUGUGAUAUAGUGAAAGAACAAAUGAACAAAUUCAGGCCUCAAUAUCAGAAAGUCAAUCUUGAUUAGAGAAUAGGAGAAAUGCUAGUGAGUACCUCCUUCAUAAGUUAAUGGUAAGCAAAGGCCUCGAGGAAACGUCGAAAUCGUCCUUGGCAACGCGACGCCUGCUUUGUCAUUUUGGAGCCAAUAAAUUCAAGAGAGCGGUAGAGGGUAAAAUAGAAACUAAAGCGAAAGACCCACCGAACAAUAUGUUUAUGCUUGUUGGUUUUGAGAUAAAAUAUGAUGUAUGUGUUGUGAAG